AGUCUCAAAGAAUUCCAUUUUUAUGAAUAAAUCAACUAAUAUAAUUUGAUGUAACAAUUUUGUAUUGUCACUAAAUAAAACUAAAUAUGUGCAGGACUAUGGAGUGACAAUACUUCUGUAUAGAACACAGUUUCUAGUAGACGUGGUUCAAGAAAAGGCAGGACGAGUGCUUGUGCUUGACUCCAUCAAACAAGGAAAUGCUUGGCUUGGCAUGGACGUUCUGAUCUUCAACUCCUGGCAUUGGUGGACUCACACCGCCGGAAUCCAGCCGUGGGAUUAUAUGAGGGAAGGAAACAAAUUGUACAAAGACAUGAACAGGCUUGUGGCUUUUUACAAAGGACUAAACACAUGGGCUCGUUGGAUUAACUACAAUAUUGAUUCUUCACGCACUCAAGUCUUCUUUCAAGGCGUUUCUCCUGUCCACUACGAUGGAAGAGAGUGGAACGAACCACUGAAGUCGUGCAAGGGCCAAACUCAGCCGUUCAUGGGACAAAGAUAUCCAGGAGGAUUGCCCUUAGGUUGGGUUGUGGUUAACAAAGUGUUGAGCCGAAUCAAGAAACCCGUCCGCCUUCUUGAUCUCACAACUCUCUCGCAGUAUCGCAAAGACGCACACCCAAGUCUCUACAAUGGUAUCGCAAAGGGUCUAGACUGUAGCCAUUGGUGUCUCCCUGGUCUCCCUGACACUUGGAACCUACUUCUAUACGCAUCUCUUACAUCAUAGUUCUCGUUUUACAUAUUGAUUUGUUCUACCAUUUUAAUAUGAAUAAUUUGUAGUAUCCUUGUGAUUGUGAUUGAGAUUCUUCCCUUGUUAAUCUUUCUAUGUAAUUAACAUUGUUAGUACUUACAUUAUGGGAUUAAUUUCUUAUAUAUUUGUUAUAUUAUUUUUAUUUCA